GGCACAUUCUUUGGGGAGAACCCUGAAUCCAGAGCUCAGAACAGGGCUGAUUUAUCUUCCUGUAACGCACCCAGCCACAGACCACAUCUAGUGGAGGUGCGGUAAUUGAAUGUGGGAUGAUGAUGAUGACACUGAGGGGGUUUUGUGUGGUUAUGUUUUGGGGCAUGGUGGUAGAGCUGGGAUGAUAAACAGAAAAUUAGACACCGACAUCGCCUUCCUCUUACCAAAGCUUGUAGCAUACAUCUGUCAUUUUAGGUGGUUUUGCUUCCCAACGUUCCUGUAGAUUUGUUCUAAAACCAUUAUUUGGUCAACAGUAAUAGCCUAUGCAUUAGGUUGAUUCCUGCUAUGAAAGUGUCAGCCUGUCCUUAUUUCGCUGUAGGCUGCUGACCUCUUUCCCCCACUGUGCGCACGGAGGAGGGAGAGAUGCAUUGUGGAGAUAAAUACCGUUUUCAAAGCAACUACUGUUCUAGUUAUAGCGAGAAGUGUCAUAGCUUUCUGUGAGUAUAUCGUUUAUUUCUCACCUCUUAAUAUUGAGUUCAUGGCACCACGUUACAACCGGAGUAGGCUGUAGUAGCCUAUGGUUUUGAUGUGCCUGCAGAGCACGCCAUUCACACUGAAUAAGCCUACCAAGUAGCCUAGGCCUGGCGUGGGAAGGUUUUGAGUACAUUAGCCUACAUUUACUGAUACAUUAAGCAAUUAGCCUGCAUGGCCGUCUAGCAACAAUAUCAUAGCGAGCAGUCUAGCAAAGUGUUUUGAGUUCCCACUUCCUCAGGUUGUGAAUAAUAUAGCCUCGGUCAAUAUGCACAAAGAUGUCUGCAAAUUCUCUGAAGAGGCAAAAAUACUACUGAUAAUUCUGGAUCCUAUUUAGACAGGUUGCACAUCAACAUAUCAAUAAUGUAUUUGUUAGAUAUGUUAGAUGAAAUACCUUACUUUUUGAAUCAUAGGCUACCAUCUCAGUUGUCUUACGUUAAUUUGCUCUAACUGUUGCGUUCCCAUGGAAAACCAGGUUUUGGUUAUGUCUGUGUUGUCUUGUUGUGGGUAAAAUGUCACAUGCUGAGUAGAACGGGGAAGUCCAAAAACAUGUAGGAAACCACAGUACUCUAUCCGCAAACUGCACAUACUGAACUGAUGGCCUGUACAGAAUUCUAUUUUGUGUGGUUGGCUAUGACAUAGCCAAUACAGUGCAUUCGGAAAGUAUUAAGACUUUUUCCACAUUAUGUUACGUUUCAGCCUUAUUCUAAAAUGGUUUAAAUUGCUUUUUUCACUCAUCAAUCUACACAAUACUCCAUAAUGACAAAGCAAAAACAUGUUUAUUGAAAUGUUAGAACAUUUAUUUUAACUGAAAUAUCACAUUUACAUAAGUAUUCAGACCCUUUACUCAGUACUUUGUUGAAGCACCUUUGGUAGCGAUUACAGCCUUGAGUCUUCUUGGAUAUGACACUACAAGCUUGGCACACCUGUAUUUGGGGAGUUUCUCCAUUCUUCUCUGCAGAUCCUCUCAAGCUCUGUCAGGUUGGAUGGGGAGCGUUGCUGCACAGCUAUUUUCAGGUCUCUCCAGAGAUGUUUGAUCGGGUUCAAGUCCGGGCUCUGGCUGGGCCACUCAAGGACAUUCAGAGACUUGUCCUGAAGGCACUCCUGCAUUGUCUUGGCUGUGUGCUUAGGGUCGUGGUCCUGUUGGAAGGUGAACCUUCGCCCCAGUCUGAGGUCCUGAGCGCUCUGGAGCAGGUUUUCAUCAAGGAUCUCUCUGUACUUUGCUCCGUUCAUCUUUCCCUCCGAUCCUGACUAAUCUCCUAGUCCCUGCCUCUGAAAAACAUCCCCACAGCAUGAUGCUGCCACCACCAUGCUUCACCGUAGGGAUGGUGCCAGGUUUCUUCCAGACGUGACGCUUGGCAUUCAGGCCAAAGUGUUCAAUCUUGGUAUCAUCAGACCAGAGAAUCUUCUUUCCCAUGGUCUGAGAGUCCUUUAGGUGCCUUUUGGCAAACUCCAACUGGGCUGUCAUGUGCAUUUUACUGAAGAGUGGCUUCCGUCUGGCCACUCUACCAUAAAGGCCUGAUUGGUGGAGUGCUGCAGAGAUGGUUGUCCUUCUGGAAGGUUCUCCCAUCUCCACAGAGGAACUGGAGCUCUGUCAGAGUGACCAUUGGGUUCUUGGUCACCUCCCUGACCAAGGCCCUUCUCCCCCGAUUGCUCAGUUUGGCCAGGCGGCCAGCUCUAGGAAGAGUCUUGGUGGUUCCAAACUUCUUCCAUUUAAGAAUGGGGGGAGGCCACUGUGUUCUUGGGGACCUUCAAUGCUGGAGAAAUGUUUUGGUACCCUUCCCCAGAUCUGUGCCUCGACACAAUCCUGUCUCGGAGCUCUACGGACAAUUCCUUCGACCUCAUGGCUUGGUUUUUGCUCUGACAUGCACUGUCAACUGUGGGACCUUAUAUAGACGGAUGUGUGCCUUUCCUAAAUCAUGUCCAAUCAAUUGAAUUUACAACAGGUGGACUCCAAUCAAGUUGUAGAAACAUCUCAAGGAUGAUCACUGGAAACCGGAUGCACCUGAGCUCAAUUUAGAGUCUCAUAGCAAAUGGUCUGAAUACUUAUGUAAAUACAUUUAAAAAAUAACUGAUUUCGCUUUGUCAUUAUGGGGUAGUGUGUGUAGAUUGAAGAUUUUAUAUUUAUUUAAUCCAUUUUAGAAUAAGGCUGUAACGUGACAAAAUGUGGAAAAAGACUGAACAACUGGUGUCCCGCUGCGCGCGAAGCUGGGCCCAGCAGUGUGCAGUUUGACUAGGCUACUGAUAUUAUUGCCUGGGAUUGUUCGACAUGCAAAAUUACUGUUAGAUCAAUGACUGUCAACGCACUUAUAUGCAGUUCGAAGCUGAAGGAGAGGACGCAUCAAUUGUUACAAAAUAUUAGAUAUUUUGGGAAUGUAGAAAAUGUAAUAUGAGCAAUGAAAAAGUGAACUGGCGAUUUGUAAUGUUUGAAUCGAUUUUCUAACCGACGCAUGCUACAUUUGGAUCGGUUUGGGGUCCGCGCACCGAUUCAUUUGGAUCUUAAACAUUAGAAUUGGUAGCUUACGCAUAUUGAUGAUUUGUUACAUUCACUCCCUUUAAGAUUGUGCUCCUAAUCUCAGCUCGUUACCUGUAUAAAAGACACCUGGGAGCCAGAAAUCUUUCUGAUUGAGAGGGGGUCAAAUACGUAUUUCCCUCAUUAAAAUGCAAAUCAAUUUAUAACAUUUUUGCUAUGCGUUUUUCUGGAUUUUUUUGUUGUUAUUCUGUCUCUUACUGUUCAAAUAAACCUACCAUUAAAAUUAUAGACUGAUCAUUUCUUUGUCAGUGGGCAAACGUACAAAAUCAGCAGGGGAUCAAAUACUUUUUCCCCUCACUGUAAAUACAGUGGGGAGAACAAGUAUUUGAUACACUGCCGAUUUUGCAGGUUUUCCUACUUACAAAGCAUGUAGAGGUCUGUCAUUUUUAUCAUAGGUACACUUCAACUGUGAGAGACGGAAUCUAAAAAUCCAGAAAAUCACAUUGUAUGAUUUUUAAGUAAUUAAUUUGCAUUUUAUUGCAUGACAUAAGUAUUCGAUACAUCAGAAAAGCAGAACUUAAUAUUUGGUACAGAAACCUUUGUUUGCAAUUACAGAGAUCAUACAUUUCCUGUAGGUCUUGACCAGGUUUGCACACACUGCAGCAGGGAUUUUGGCCCACUCCUCCAUACAGACAUUCUCCAGAUCCUUCAGGGCUGUCGAUGGGCAAUACGGACUUUCAGCUCCCUCCAAAGAUUUUCUAUUGGGUUCAGGUCUGGAGACUGGCUAGGCCACUCCAGGACCUUGAGAUGCUUCUUACGGAGCCACUCCUUAGUUGCCCUGGCUGUGUGUUUCGGGUCGUUGUCAUGCUGCAAGACCCAGCCACGACCCAUCUUCAAUGGUCUUACUGAGGGAAGGAGGUUGUUGGCCAAGAUCUCGCGAUACAUGGCCCCAUCCAUCCUCCCCUCAAUACGGUGCAGUCGUCCUGUCCCCUUUGCAGAAAAGCAUCCCCAAAGAAUGUUUCCACCUCAUUGCUUCACGGUUGGGAUGGUGUUCUUGGGGUUGUACUCAUCCUUCUUCUUCCUCCAAACACAGCGAUUGGAGUUUAGACCAAAAAGCUCUAUUUUUGUCUCAUCAGACCACAUGACCUUCUCCCAUUCCUCCUCCAGAUGGUCAUUGGCAAACUUCAGAUGGGCCUGGACAUGCGCUGGCUUGAGCAGGGAGACCUUGCGUGCGCUGCAGGAUUUUAAUCCAUGACGGCGUAGUGUGUUACUAAUGGUUUUCUUUGAUACUGUGGUCCCAGCUCUCUUCAGGUCAUUGACCAGGUCCUGCUGUGUAGUUCUGGGCUGAUCCCUCACCUUCCUCAUGAUCAUUGAUGCCCCACGAGGUGAGAUCUUGCAUGGAGCCCCAGACCAAGGGUGAUUGACCGUCAUCUUGAACUUCUUCCAUUUUCUAAUAAUUGCGCCAACAGUUGUUGCCUUCUCACCAAGCUGCUUGCCUAUUGUCCUGUAGCCCAUCCCAGCCUUGUGCAGGUCUACAAUUUUAUCCCUGAUGUCCUUACAUAGCUCUCUGGUCUUGGCCAUUGUGGAGAGGUUGGAGUCUGUUUGAUUGAGUGUGUGGACAGGUGUCUUUUAUACAGGUAACGAGUUCAAACAGGUGCAGUUAAUACAGGUAAUGAGUGGAGAACAGGAGGGCUUCUUAAAGAAAAACUAACAGGUCUGUGAGAGCCGGAAUUCUUACUGGUUGGUAGGUGAUCAAAUACUUAUGUCAUGCAAUAAAAUGCAAAUUAAUUACUUAAAAAUCAUACAAUGUGAUUUUCUGGAUUUUUGUUUUAGAUUCCGUCUCUCACAGUUGAAGUGUACCUAUGAUAAAAAUUACAGACCUCUACAUGCUUUGUAAGUAGGAAAACCUGCAAAAUCGGCAGUGUAUCAAAUACUUGUUCUCCCCACUGUAUAUAGCAAUACUAAAAUCAAAUGAUAGCAUUAUAUAUAUAUAUAUAUAUAUAUAUAUUUUUUUUACACUUUAUUUAUUUUACUAUGUCUGUCUUUGUUGUACAUGUUUUAGGGCCAAACUGAUGGCAGUUGUGAAAAAAAGAUAGUUGGAAGAGUUACAGAGUUAAUUGAAAAUGGCGUUGUUGAUUUAGAUGCUUUUUUUCAUUAUUAGGCUAUUUUCUCUUGAACCAUAGUCUAUCCACUAGAAGCUCAUGGACAAUAUGGACACAGAUAGAACAAUUUAUAGAAUAUAUGAAAAAGUUAUUCAAGUAUAAAUUACCAAAGUUACCAUAGCUUGCCAUAUUACCUGUUACUUACCAAAAUUACUGAAGAUUCUGGUAACAUCGGUAAAUUAGCGGGAGUUUUGCAACCCAAUGUCUGACAGAGAUGCUAAUGACUGUGUUUGUCUGUGUGUCCCCCUUCUUCUCCUAGAGAGCCUAGUGAGGAGUGCAAUGGAAUCAGCGGUGCUCUCUCAGUGGAGUCAUCCGCGCCGCCAUCGAGACUGAACUGGUGUCCCGCCGCCUCCGCGGCCACCGCCGCCCCUGCCCCAACCCUCACCCCUGCUCCGGCCCCUGUGCCCGCGCCCCCAGUCACCUCCACAAGAAUGGGGGACGGCCUGGACGCAACUACGGUGCAGAUGUCUUCGUCAGGGAGCAGUAGCAGCAGCCACGGGGGGCAGCCCCAGUCCUCCACCUACGUACCCACCGUGCCAGAGUUUAACCCACCGCCCCCAGAGUACAUCAACCCGUCGCGGCCCAAGCGGCAGACCAACCAGCUGCAGUACCUGCUGAAGGCGGUGCUGAAGACCCUGUGGAAGCACCACUUCUCCUGGCCCUUCCAGGCACCCGUCGACGCCGUCAAACUCAACCUGCCGGUGAGUGUUGUGUUCAUGUCUGGUUGGCUGGCUGGCUUUCUGGUCAGCUGGCUGUGGUGUCUCACUAUAUGGACUAGAAAAGGAGAAACAUAUAACCUGAGAAUAGUAUUUGUAAGUUGAAUUCAUUUAAAAGGUAUUUAGAAGUUGAUUUCAUUAAAUAGUCUUUAGAGCAGGUUUGGGUUGGAGUGUACCUACAGGACGGUAAUUCUCCAGGAACCUGCUUUAGACCUCUAUCCUGACUAGCCCAUCCACAUCGCUCUGACCAAGUGCCACAUUAGUGUUUCUUCUCCACAGUGAGUCUGGAUUUGCUUUUCUCCCUGGCAUUUUAUAAAUGCGAACACGUUCUGACCGUUCUGAUUGGUCCCAGAUACAGAUGGGUUGGGCCAGAGCUGUCAUUGUCUUUGAUACUCGGAUUGGUUAGAGACGAUCCAAUUGUUUAUGAAUUUUGUUUUGUACAACGCCACUCAUUUUGACUUCCGCACAAACAACUUCUAGGAUGGCAGUUUCAAGCUGAAUGUAUGUAGCGAUCUACAGAGGAGCGGAAUUAAAUUCAGCGUGAGUCAUCAGGCAAACAGACCUCUGCUUCCGCAAAGGAAUUUCAUUUCUAAAGACUAUUUUAUAAAAUCAAAAUAAAAUCCAAUUUUAUUUAUCAUAUGCUUUGUAAACAAAAGGUGUAGACUAAUGCAUGAAAAGCCCAGGAGGCCGGCCGUUUCUGAGAUACUGGAAUCGGCGCGCCUGGCACCGAUGAUCAUACCACACUCAAAGUUGCUUAGGUCACUCGUUUUUUGCCCAAUCUAACAUUCGAUCAAACAGUAACUGAAUGUCUCAAUGCCUGUCUGCCUGCUUUAUAUAGCAAGCCACGGAGCUAACCAUUUUCAUGAACGGGGUGGUAUACCUAAUAAACUGGCCACGGAAUGUAGGUAGAGGCAACGUGACUAGGCAACAGGAUAGAUAAUAGACAGUAGCAGCAGUGUGUUCUCGCUGUAUAGACAGAGAACAGUCUAUACUAUUUCCAGUAUAGUGCUGGUUUUCCCUUUUCUAGUUCACACCCUUACAACUCUGCACCCCAAAGAGCUUUUUUUACAAGGAGUAUUGAGUUGCAAACACCAAUUAUUGAUUCUACUAGUGUUUCUAUGUGGGCCAUGCCACCCAAGCAUCCAACAUGCACACUUGGCAUAUUCCUCUGUCUGUCUGUGACUGUCUUGUUUUAGUUUAAUUAUACUUUUUUUUAAAAUAUGUUUUCCAGGACUACUACAAGAUUAUUAAAGUUCCUAUGGAUAUGGGAACAAUCAAGAAGCGACUUGAGAACAGCUACUACUGGAACGCGCAAGAAUGUAUUCAAGACUUCAACACCAUGUUCACCAACUGCUACAUCUACAACAAGGUAUGGAUGCAAUAAUGCAUUGUGGCUGUCAACCACCACCUAUAAAUAUAAUCUAUAGAAAGGGCUUUGGAACAGCUUACCCUGGCAAUUUGAAUGAGGUGGUCCAUGCUAUAGAUUCUAUUUUCUAUGACCACCACACCCCAUAUAGUUACUAUCAGAGCCGUAUAUUUAGAAUUCGGCCAACCUUUUAGAAUGGACGAUGUUUUAGAAUGGAUGCUUUUUCUUAGGUAGUGCUAGAUAAAUGUAUGACUAGGUCCUAGGUAUUGCUAGGUCUGUGUAUGACUAGGUCCUAGGUAUGUCUAGGCUUUGGUUUCUGGUACUGUAUUAACGUGGGGUGUCUGUCUCUCAAUGCCUGCAGCCUGGAGAUGACAUAGUGUUAAUGGCUGAGCAGCUGGAGAAGAUGUUUCUCCAGAAGAUCACUGAGAUGCCCCAGGACGAGACGGAGAUCGCUGUCAUGACCGGCAAGGGACGAGGCCGGGGCCGACGGGAAGGAGGUAGGGUACAGCACACACACAGGCACACCCCUGGCCUGGGGUUUCCAAUACCCUUUUCACAGUACUGAACUGUGUACUGUGCUGGCCAGGUUGCGCGUCCAACAUAGUUGCUGGAACUUUGCUCGAAAGGAUAAUGUGAAAGGGAAAUAUCCGAGCCAGCACAGUACGUUUCAGGUUGGCAUGAGUGUGAAAAUGAUACAAGUCUUUUGUUUCAUGUGUUUUGAGUGAGUUACCUGUCAAUUAAUCCCAUAAGGGAUGGGUCGCCAACUGGCACCAAAAUAUAUUUAAAUUAAUUCAGUUUAGAUUUGGGCGGUAUCCACAUUUUUAUACCGUCAAUAUAUAAAUAAUAUUUUAUUAUUUUUACAGACAAAACAAUUUAGCCAACAGGGAUCUUUAGGGCCGUAUAAAAACCCUUAAUUUUUUUGCCUGAUUCCGUUUUAUUUGUUCCCAAAUUCCGUUUUCUCAGGUUUCCCUUUCCCACAUUUUUUGUUUAGUUUUUCACUCUCAAAUUCACACUUUUUCAAUAGAAAAACAACUAAUUUGUAUUUUCUAAGUCCACAUUAAAGGGAAUUGUCCAAAUUGUUCUACUUCAUAUUCAUUAUCCCCAACAUCAACAUACAAUAUGUGAAAAUGGUGCGUUUCUAUGUUUUGUAGUAAAAAAGAUAGAGGAAGAUAAGUGUUUCCAAUGACAUCAUCAACCAAUAAGUAGACAAUGCCUACUCAUACACCGAUGUCAUUGGAAACACUUAUGUUCCUCUAUCUUUUUUACUACAAAACAUAGAAACGCAUUGUUUUCAUGUUGAUGUUGGGGUGGUGCUGGAGAUGAUGAAUAUGAUGUUGAAAUAAUUUUUGUAUUUUCUUUAAUCACAUCAGGAGACCACUUGAGGUCUGGAAAAUAUUUGAGGAAUUUACAUUUUUGGGUGUAGUAACCCUUUGACUCCAGCAAGCAAGAGGCUGUUUUUAGCUGUUUUUUUUUAGCGCAGAUGUGAUGGUAGAUUUACCCACUAGAUUGAUGCAAAUAAUCAUGAUGUCAUUCUUCCAGGUAAGCAUAGGCUACCUUGUAGUUAACAUUUAAUUUAGAAGGUUUUUGGGAAAGCCUUUCCAUCUACCAGAAAGCUUUUUAUUAGCAUCAUGCUAAAGGCUGCACAAAGUGGUAUACGCUCGCACCAUAAAUACGCAGAUGGGGAAUUCACCUUGCCUCUUCAGAAAGUUGCAGGAAAUACGAAUCACUGAUGCAUUCUGUUAAUGUGUUAUGGUAAACUUGGGCUAAUUACUACAUUUAAUACAUUUUAGUUGAUUCCCUACUAAUAAGUUCAAUGCAUUUUUAAAUUUUGUUUUAAUGUCUGGAUUCCGUGAUUCCGUCCGCAUUCUCCGUAUUGCAGAUUUUAUAGGGCCCUAGAUCUUGAUCCAAGAGGGGAUUGAAUGUUUCUUCUGUAACCAAGAAACUUGAUCAUGACAUCUAGCCACUUAGCUAACAAUUUAGAAAACCAAAUGCAUAGCUGGAGCCCUGAGCUGGAUAUCAUUUAUUUGACACAUCUUAGAUUUCCUAUAGUUAUACUUAAGCAGUAGCACGCACCCCUGCAACCUAAUUGAAUUUCAUUCAUUCGUGCAUUGUUCUGUCUCUCUGUGUGUCUCUCACACCCUCCCAGGUCUGAACUUGAAGCCAGGCCCGACUAUGGAUUCUCCGUCCACCACCCCCCAGACGCGGGGCUUCUCUAGCCACUCCCCGGGGCCCCAGACCAGAGGACCACCAGUGCAGCAACAGACCCAGGACCAGGGGCCCCCAUCUCUACCUCCUCAGCCCCUCAUGCAGACCCUGCCCUCCCGCGUGCCCCCAACGCUACCUGUCCACACCCAUGCCCACGCGCCACAGCUGGGGCCCCCCUACUCACUGGGCCCGUCGGACCUGCCUCUCCCGGCCCCUCCCAAGCUCCCUAUUAUGACCUCUGUGCCUCCUCCCCCCACCCAGACCACCCUGCCCCCCACGUCCAUCCAGAGCACCGCCCCCAUAAUGCAGAACCCCGUGCCCAUGGCCAAAGUGAGUAGGAUGGAGGAUUUGGCAUGCAUGGGGAGGGUGCUGGGUAUAUUGCUUGCAGAACUGGGUCAUGUUCAUUAUAGCGCAAAAUGAGAAUGGCUUUGCAUUUUUAGGGCUACUCCAUUGGUUCCACUGCGCCAGGGAAGCUCAAUCAAUCGCAGUUCAGAAUGCUUUUGGCAAAAGUACACUGUGUAUUACCUUAAGCGUCAUCUAAAACGAUCACAUUCUCCUCUCAUACUCUGCCUCUUCUCUGUCCUUCUCCCCGUGCCCCUCAUUUCUCUAUCCCCAUCUUCCCUUCCUCCUUCCAGCAGAGAAAGAGCCAGAAGAGGAAAGCAGACACAACCACCCCCACGGCCAACGACCAGCUGAGCGAGUCCUCUCCGGCCGAGUCCAAGUCGGGGAAGACGCUGCCGCGGCGAGAAAGCGCCAGGCCCAGCAAGCUUCUCAAGGAGGCUCCAGACUCCCAGCACCACCUGGGCCUCGGGAUAGGUCUCGGUCUAGGGGGACCCGUAGGACCAGGUUUAGGGUCUCAUAGCCCCAAGCAGCAGGAGCAACUACGGUACUGCUCCAGCUUGGUCCGAGACAUGUUACAUAAGAAGCACGCUGCCUACGCCUGGCCUUUCUACAAGCCAGUGGACGUGGACAUGCUGGGGCUGCACGACUACCACGACAUCAUCAAACACCCCAUGGACCUCGCCACCGUCAAGGUGGGUUUGAAUGGAACACUAUUAUGACUGUGUCCCAAAUUGCACCCUUUUUCCUAUAUAGUACACUACUUUUGACCAGGGCCCAUAGGGCUCUGGUCGAAAGUAGUACACUAUGUUGGGUAAGGGUUGGAAAGAAAGCCUGAAGGAGUGUAGCUCUCUAAGAGAUGACCUUGUCCUCUCUAAAAGGAUUCCGACAUUGUGACGUGGUUUUGUUUACAUGUUGUGAUGUGUUUUUAGGUGAAGCUGGACAACAGGCAGUACAGAGACGCCCAGGAGUUUGCUGCCGACGUGCGGUUAAUGUUUUCCAACUGCUACAAGUACAACCCACCCGACCACGAGGUGGUGGCUAUGGCACGCAAACUACAGGUAAUAACACUGUAAUUAACACCGUCAUAAUUAAAUUACUUUCAUUUUCCAGAAGGAACUUAAGUUGUGGCAAGUCGGAUAAGAUAAAGAUAUAUAUAUAAACGGCAACAUUCACGCAUGACAGAUACACAUGCAAGGUAUAUACGAGAUAAAUGUAAGUCACAAAAAUCUAUUUCAUAACAAAUGCCCACAUGAGCUUAGGCCUUUUCAUGUACCUGUUUGCUGAACUAUUUGCUGUGUUUGUUUUACUGGUGCAGCAGAUGUGUUUGAAAUCUGGGUAGUUCAGUAGGGAGAAUACGUUUUGAAACUGAGUGAAAUUCAUAGGUACUACCAGUUCCUGAACUUUUCCAAAAUCAGAACGCUGAUGUUUGCUUUUCCAUUGCAACUAGUUUUGCUACGGUGCGCCCUAUUGAACACCACCAAGUUCUGUUCUCUAUCCUUACUCUGACACUGAGUGUGUCCUCUCUCUCUCUCCCUUCCUCUCUCUCUCUCCAACAGGACGUGUUUGAGAUGCGCUUCGCCAAGAUGCCAGACGAGCCCGAGGAGACGUUGGUUUCGGCUCCUGGCCCCGCGCUGCUCCAGUCCUCCGCCCCCAUCAUCAAGUCCCAGCCGCCACCCAUCCUAGUUCCAGCCUCUUCCAUCCUAGGUCCAGCCUCCUCGGUCAAACACCCCGCUUCCUCCUCGGACAGCUCCAGUGAUUCGUCAUCGGAGUCGGAAUCCUCCACCAACGACUUGGAGGAGGAGAGAGCCCAGAGACUGGCCGAGCUACAGGAACAGGUGAGGAAAGACCGAAGGAAAUAGAAUAUUUUGGGAGAUAUUGUUUUUAUUUACUUUUUAUUGAUCCUUUCUGAGAAUUAGAUUUAUUUUACAAGUGAGAUCUGAGUAUUAUAUUUAAAAAAGAACAAGGCAACAGCAAAACAACAACAUUGAAUGCAAAUAGGAUGGGAUUUUUCACCUGAUUUGAGGGAUUCCAGCUUCUCUGAUGACAUCUCUAUUCAUCAUACAUUAUUGUAAUGAACAGAACCCCCUCAUAACUAUCAUCUUCCUGAUAUUUCUAUGUUGGCACUAAUGGCAUCAAUUUGUGAUACAUUUGAUGGAUAAAUAAAGUUGUUUCAAAUCGAAUUGAAUCCUUGAGGGUGGAUGAGGGGUACUGUGUCAUUUCUGACCCCAUGGGAUAUUUGGUGACUUCCAGUCAAUGCCUAUCCAUUGUGUUUGACCGUUUUAAUUUCCUUUCUGUCUGUUUCAGCUCAAAGCUGUCCACGAGCAGCUGGCGGCCCUCUCGCAGCCACAGGCCAGCAAACCAAAGAGGAAAGAGAAGGAGAAGAAGAAAGACAAGCACAAAAGGAAAGGAGCGGUGGAGGAGAUCCCGGAGCCGGCCAUCCAGUUCCCCAAGAAGUCCAAGAACAACAGCAGCAGCAGCAACAACAAGGAGCUGCUGCCCAAGAAGACCAAGAAACCCAGGUAGCAACAAUAAUAGCCUUUUCACACUACUGAGCCAAGCUGAGAAGAGGGGUAUGCUACAAGGCAGGACCAAGGAGUAAGCCAGCUAACUUGCCUAAAUAUUUUGAUAUACGUUUUUUGUUAUUUUGUUGAUGAGCUGGAAAUGGGCAUGGUCGAAUUAAUAAAAAACCCCGAAAACAAAUAUUUAAAUGUAGCUUUUUAAAUUAACCUGAAAAUCAAGAGUUAUGUCUGGUUGCUUAUUAAAGUUAACUGGCUAACUCAUUGAUCCUGCUUUGUAGUAUACCCCUCUGUACUGCACUGGACUGGUUCUCCAACGCACGGUACAAUACACAGCUAUGGGUAUUUCUGUCUUAGGUGUGGUAUUAGUACAGAAGUCAGGACCUGUGACAUUUACACAGAAUUUGCUGAGCGCAUGGAUUGUAUUGACACAUUAUAAACAUUGCUGACUUCAAAGCACUGAUUGUCUUUGUCAAAUUACUUCACGAAGCUGUUUUGUUGUUAAUCCUCUAAGCCAUUUAUAAGCUUCUAAUGUCUAAAUUCCACAGCAAGUGUGUAAACAUGAUUUGUGUAAACAUGAUUUGUGUUCUCCCUCUGCCUUGGGCUCUCUCUGCAUUUCACAUAGAUGUUAUGUUACUGUGGCUACAUUCCAAUGUCCCAUAUACUAGCAUACUACUUAGAUACUUCGUUCUAAGUGGUAUGCUUGUAUGGACAUUGGAAUAGAGACAAAGGUUGAAGUAGUAUUCCAGUUGAAAUAGUACUGAUGGUUUAUAUGUUCUGCUCUGAUCUUGGCAGUAAGAAGGAGGGAGGUGCGGUGAAGAACAACCGCUCUGCAGCCGUGGGCCCUCAGGCAGCGCUGCAGCCCCCAGCUCUGCAGCCCGUGUCGGGCUUGGGGGAGGGCCUGGAGGAGGACCCGGCUGCAGCCGGAGCCCCCGGGGAGAAGGGUAAACCCAUGUCGUACGAGGAGAAGAGGCAGCUGAGUCUGGACAUCAACAAGCUGCCCGGUGACAAGCUGGGUCGUGUGGUCCACAUCAUCCAGUCCAGAGAGCCCUCGCUGAAGAACUCCAACCCCGACGAGAUCGAGAUCGACUUUGAGACGCUCAAGCCGUCCACGCUGAGGGAGCUGGAGAGAUACGUGUCGUCGUGCCUCCGCAAGAACAAGAAGAAGGUUCCUGGUGAGUCUCAUCAUGAAUGUCUUUGCCUCCCCCUAUGGACCAAACAGAAACUCCCUGAGCACCUACAAAUAAUUUGUCAUUUAAUAAUGUUGCAUAAUUAAUUCAAAUCAAUCCCAAAAUGACAGUUACAAAACAUGAAUAACAAGAAGAGGUAUUGAUAAGGACUUUUCCACAGCUUUCCUCUAGCUCCUAGAUCACUCUUUUAAAAAAUCGGUUUGCCAAGCGGUUUCCUUUAAAACUGUCUGAGCAAUGCAGUGUGUUAUGUUGACCUAACAUGUUCGGGGAAGAUAGUUUGUCUUGAGAAGAUGUCGAGUCACGUGCUGCCCUCUCCUAUAGUGGCAGAGAAGACCAUGGAGGCCAUGACGGCCGCCAAGACCAAGGCCAGCUCCUCCUCUGACUCGGACAGCAGCGACUCCAGCUCCUCAGACAGUGAUGAGGAGAAGGGUAGGGACACGCCCUUCUUAUUUCACUCCUCAAAUGUUGUUUUAAGCCUAUAAUAUCUUCUUUGGUUUGAAGCAUUGAGGUAUUUCGCAUGUGCCUCAUUAUUUACCUCAUGCAUAUAUCAUGGUCAAUACUUGAAUAUUUGACAAUCUCACAUUGUGGCUGUGGUCAACAGAUUUUUCUAACGUAUUCAGAAUUGAUAGAAGAAAGCUUCAUUUAAUAGUCAGGAUCUCCUUCUCUCUCCCUUCUCUUGUCAGGAAUAGCUCCUAAACAGAAGAAAGGCCACGGGGCCAACGAAGGGAAGAAGACCCAUCUCCACCACGCCUUGUCUGGAGCUGGUCCCCUCCCCCAGGGCCACCCUCACCCCCAGGCUCACCCUCACCCCCAGGCUCACCCUCACCCCCAGGCUCACCCUCACCCCCAGGCUCACCCUCACCCCCAGGCCCACCCUCACCCCCAGGCUCCUGUCCUGCAGCCCAGCAUCCACCUGAAGCACCAACAGCACCAUAACCCCUCCCCCGCCACCUACAUUGCCCCUCCUCCCCCGGUAAGAUUGAUUGAAUUUAUUAGAUAAUUAAAAGUAGUAGCCUGCUCUAGCCGGAGACAACAUAUUUGACAUUUUAGUCAUUUAGAUAGCUAGGUGAGACAACCACAUAUCACAGUCGUAGGUACAUUUUCCCUCAGCAAAGCAAUAGACAAUAUACAAAACAUAUAUAGCAAGCAUUUCGCUACACCCGCAAUAACAUCUGCUAAAUAUGUGUAUGCGACCAAUAACAUUUGAUUUGAUACGGAUGGGGACUGUACAGCAGGGACUAUACAGCUGAUUCAAAAAGCAUUUGUUCACAUCACAGAUCAGGAAUCACUGAAAAGUGCAGCAGUGAAGUUCAGUGUAUGAUUGUGCGUGUGUGUAAUGUCUAGGUAACGGUCACGGCGUUGGAGUCCUCCCAGCUGCUGGAGAACACGUUUGAUUCGCUGCCCCACUUCGGCCAGCAGCCCCUCAUGCACCUGUCCCAGCACCACCACUCCUCGUCGCCCGCCGUGCCCCCCCACCUCAACGCUCACUCCGCAGCGGGGCCCGUGUCCCCAGAGACGCACCCCUUUCUCAACCAGCACCCCAUCCUCCCCAACCCUAACCCAGGUAAAUCCAGACCUCUUCAAGCCACACCUGCCUGAGGUCAGAUAGUCUUUUGUAUUUUUUUUCUAAUACUUGAGCUGUGGUUGAUUUGAGCUUGCCUGGCGUAAUGGGACCAAUGGAAUAGUCCAUAAUGUGCCAACCCCACCCAUCUGGUGUACUGGGCAGCCUCGAUCGAACGCAAGCAAAGUAUUUGAAAGAAAACAAACACUAUUUGAACCCAGUUCUGCAAUAAGUCUGUCUCGCGUUAUCCUAAACGUUUAUUCUAAGCAUUUAUUGACCUACAAUUAGAUUAACUAGGCAGUCCUUUUACUUUUUUUCAAUGUGAUGUUUCCAUCCUGACUCUGCUAACCACAUUUUCUCAUUGUUUCCCUUCCUCUUCUUCACCUGUAGCUUUGCACAACGCCUUGCCCCAGCAGCCGUCUCGACCCAGCCACAGGGCAGCAGCUCUACCUCCCAAACCCCUCCAGCAGCAGCAACCAGCGCCCCAGCCCCAGCCAACCCUACAACAACAACAACAACAACAGCAGCUCCAGCCACAAGCCCCUCCACCCCAGCAUCACCUCCCGCCCCACAUCCUCCACCCCGCCCCCCCUCAGUCCCUGCAGCAGCGGCCCCUGUCCCCCCCCACCCUCACCCCUCAGGGCCUGCUGUCCUCCCAGCCCCCUCAGAUGCUCCUGGAGGACGAUGAGGAGGUGAUUCCGCCCUUACCCCUCAGCCAGGUGCAUCUCUACCUGCAGCAGCUCCAGCAGGGACAGAGCCAGGGACGACCUGGCCAACAACCACACAAUCCCCAGCAGAUCAUGCAGUCUCUCCAGGUUCGCCAACAACAGAACCAGGCUCCCCUCCUGCAGUCUGUACAGGUCUGUAUUGUGUAUAUGUUGAGUGUGUAAUAUAUUUAUUUUAGGGCUGUCCCCGACAAAAAAAAAGAUAUUGAUCGACCGAGAUUCGUCCUGUUCUUUCGACCAAUCAAUUGGUCGGCAUGUUUAAACUUAUUUUUCCAUAUAUAGGCAGACACACCCUAUGUGUUUGAAUAAAAUAACUACAUAUGCACUGAGCUUGUCUGAUGCACACUGUUUGAUUUACACAAAUAACAAAAGAAAGAGCCUGAUGAUCACACUGUGUUUAAAAAAGACAGUGAGUGCCUGUGUGACUGGCGCACGUUGUCUCGCUCUCCUCCCUACUGCAGCAAAAGACAGCACAGCAAGUGUUUAUUGCGCUGUCCGUGCUGAAGCUGCAACAUACUUUCAGCCAUUUAGUUUCUUACUUGUUUCUGACUGAAAAGUUAUGUUACCGAAAUUCCUAAUUUGUUUAGGAAAAACAUUCCCUAUUCCCUCAACCCUUGCUCUCUUUACGUCAAAACAUGUAAGCAUCGCAUGCAUGUGACCAAUAGGGCCUGAUCUGUAGCCUAUCAUAAUCACAUCAAUAAAUUGGUUAUAACAAACUACGAACACAGUAAUGUCGACAACCAAAUGGAUGCGGAGGACGUGAAAAAGAAACUCAAAACGGGCAAAUGUUUACUGGUUGCUCAGGAGGGAAAGGGGAAGUCAGAUCUGUUGAAGACAUUUGACUUAGUUGUGGAAACUACUGGAGAUCAAGAAAUAGGAGGGUAUAGGAGCAAGCGUUGUGAGUAUUAUGUGUGCCAAACAGUUGCUGUUAGAUUACAAUAUUAUUUUUUCUGACCAUUUGGAAAAGUGUAAACAACACUAAAGUGUACCAGAGAGUGUUCUAAUGAAAUAAAAAGAUAAAGCCUUUAUUACAGCAGACUAAAAACAGUUGCAUGCAUUCGUGAAUUGCGAUGUAUUUAUUGUUUAGGCUAAUUAUUCAAAGCUCCCUUUGUUAUUUCAUUUUAAAACUAAAAUGCUUGAUUGCAUUUCAAAGCAUGAAUGUCUUGUAUGCUGUCUGAUGGCAUGAACGAAUAAACUAUUGAUUGAUACAGUAGACUAAAUAUUGAAAUAUAGGCCUAAGUAAGUUACGGUAUUAAGACUAUAAACAGGACACACUCUUAGGCCUACAGCUCGAUGGUGGUUAUACAAGGCUACUCUAUAAAGCCUACUAAUGAUAACGACAUUAUUUAUUAUUAUAAUGAUGAUCAUAAUAAUAAUUGUAAUAACAAUAAGAAGGAGACCAAAAAGGAGGGUAUAGGAGCGAUAGCUGUGUGCAUAUUAUGUGUGACAAACGGGUGCUGUUAGAUUACAAUAUUAUUUUCCUGCCUGUUUGGAACAGCGUAAACAACACUAAAUAAUAAGUAACACCAGUCUGUUCUAACAAAAUAAUUUUAUAAAGAUUAAAAACAGACAACUCUGAAGUUGCUUUAUCCAACAUUUUGCUGUUGCAUGAGGCUUUGUGCUCAUGGAAUCAGUAGGCUAUUAAACAAACACUCAAACAGGCAACAGAAGCAAGAUCUGUCUUAUUUCUGUAGAUAUAAAUGGAUGAUUUAUAAAGCCAGGCACGUUUAACAGCUAGGUCCAAAAGGCUUCUUAACAGCUUCUACCCCCAAGCCAUAAGGCUCCUGAACAUCUAAUCAAAUGGCUACCCAGAAUAUUUGCAUUGUCCUUCCCCAACCCCCUCUUUUUACGCUGCUGCUACUCUCUGUUUAUUAUCUAUGCAUAGUCAUGUUAAUAACUCUACCUACAUGUACAUAUUACCUCGACUAACCUGUGCCCCUGUACAUUGACUCUGUACCGGUACCCCCUGUGUAUAUAGCCUCGCUACUGUUACUUUACUGCUGCUCUUUAAUUAUUUGUUGUUUUUAUCAAUAUUUUACUUAACACAUAUUUUUCUUAAAACUGCAUUUUUGGUUAAGGGCUUGGAAUUAAGCAUUUCAAUGUAAGGUCUACACCUGUUGUAUUCGGCGCAUGUGACAAAUACAAUUUGAUUUGAUUAUAGACCUAAUUAAGUUGGGGUUUGCUAUCUCCACAAUUUUCUUAGACAAUUAGGCUAAGCCCUAUUCGCACGGGACUAGUAUUACUAGACAACAUUGGUUACGUAAUUAUUAUUCCAGAAUGCCCGUUAUUCCAGAGGAUGAUUCGGACGGUGUUCGUUUUUUCCAAACUGCCCCCUGUAAUCCUUUAUUUUUUAUAAAUUGACAGUUAUGACGGAAGCCUGGAGGUUUUUUUUCUAGGCGUCAAGUCCAGGCGAUAACAGGGCUACACUGAUAACUCGAGCUUGGUUCCCAACUUUCUGUCGCCAUAAUAUUUCAAUUGAGGAAUGUGAUCAUAACCAUUAGGAUAUUUUAGCAAUCCGCAGUAGACGUCCUAAUUGCCCCCCAGCCUUCAGAUGUGAGCUAAACAGUGCACUUGAGAUGCGUUUUAAGGCUAUGGAUGCGAAAGUGAACUUAACAUUUCCAAACGUUUAGGUCAGUUGUAUGCUGCUUUGCAAUCUAUUAACAGCAAGGAUCACAUUUAAAUAGGCGCAAUAUUUUUUACUGAUGAAUUUGGCAAUAUUCUAUUCAUUUGCACAAAACAUAUGAACAAAAGCAUUCACUGUGAAAGUUGAUACAUGUAGGCCCUUCAUAUAUAGGCUAUUUGCAGCACUUCGUUCAAUUUAUUGAAUCAGUUAUUGUUUUCUUGCUCCAACCGUGAGCAACACCUGUCAAACUCAAACAUUUCUCUCAAAACACAGGGAUGUCGAUUCGCAGGGACUAGUAUUAUCAGAGGACCUUGGCAUUUGCCAAAAAACAGUAGGUUAUUCUGGCUGGAAUUGUUUAAAAAAUAUAUUAAAACAUACAAUCUACCUGCAGUGAAGCCGCUCAACAUUUUCAGUCAUCUAACCGGCUCCGUCCAGAACGACCUACAGGAGCAACCAGGGUCAAGCGCCCCGCCCAAGGGCACGUCGACAGAUUGCCCACCAAGUCAAAACGGGCACCCGAACCAGCGACCCACCGGCCCAAGCUCCCAACCGCCAGGCCACCAAUCAUCCAAGAUCCUCCCACAGUUCCCAGAGAGCUGCCCCUCAACCAUCCGAGACCCCUCCCCCCUCCCAAAAAAACAAACACAACAAAAACCUCUCCCUCCUGGCUGGCAUGGUUACUCUCCUGCCAUUUACAAAUUACUGACAUUUGGACGGGACUAAAAUUACUGAUGUGGUGUUUUGUGCUUGUGCACAUAAUUACAUUACCUGACCACCCCCAGUAAAAUAAGUCCCGUCUGAAUAGGGCUUAAGGCAAGGGUUGUUUCCUCGUCUCUGCAUUGUUCUCAAUCCCAAUAUGCUGGUUAAUUUUGCUAUUAUGUACAUGGCAACAUAGGGAAAGGCGCCAAUUCUACGGUAUACUAUCCAACGCGGGAGAAAGCGUAUUUGUUAUAAAAUAAUAUUAGAUUUAGAUUGCACCUUUAUUUUUACAUAAUAUAACCAUAUACAAUUUCAGUAUCACAUGUCUUAGAGUGAGGGACUGCGCCAUCCCCGUGGUUGCCGCAAUGGAUUAGUCCACUGAGACAGGCGCGACUCAGACGGGUGUCUUGUGCACCAUGAAAAAUAAUAAUAAUUGCAACUGCUCGACUAAACAGAAUCUGUCGACCAACAGCUUAUCGACCGAACAAUCGACCAGUCGACUAAAUGGGGUCAGCCCUAGUUUAUUUGGAUCCCCAUUUAGCUUUUGCAGAAGCAACAGCUACUCUUCUUUGGGUCCACAUAAUGUAUAUAUAAUAUUUGUGUUGUUUAUGUUGAGUGUGUAAUGUACAUUGUUUAUUUCUUAUACAGAAUCACUGUGUGUCUUAGUAAAAUUUGCCCUAUGGGACAUUAAAGUGAUCCUAUCCUCCUAUCCUAGGUGCAGCCCUCCCAGCCCUCUCUUCAGCCGCCCCAGCUCUUAGUCCAGCCCCCCCAGCCCCAGUCCAAACCCACCCCCCCCUCGCGCCACCCCCAGCAGAUCCUACCCCCCGCACCAGGUAGCCCGCCACCUGCAGCAGCAUGCCCAAAUGGGUUUCCCGUCCCAGGGGCCGGUGGUGCAGCAGACGGGUCAGUCAGACAGGCAGGCCGCUGCAGCGCAACACAAGGGGUCCAUGCAGUCCUCCACCAAAGCACAGCACAUCAUCCAACAACAGCAACAUCCCUCCCCUCGACAGAUCAAGGCUGAUCCAUACAACAGUGGUGAGACUCAAGUGUUGAUUUGGUUGAUUUAAAUUGGUAGAUUGAUUGGAAGACUAGUGUUCACACCCCUAUCCAUAACAGUCAGUCAGUGGUUGGUGAUCCAGAUCGUCUUUUCUUCAAUCUCAACACCUGGAGAAGUGUGUAGUGUCUCAGGAACCACAUUAUUGUAACAUAGCAAUCUAUACAGUGUGACUGCAAAAGAGACAACCUGGAACGCCACGUCGUGAGUUUCAGUAUGUUAGGACACUGUGCUGUAGGAUUUGAAUCAGACUAAAUGGUGAUUCUAAUCAUUCCCUCUCUCUGUUCUGCCUACAGGGCACCUAAGGGAGAAUCCCUCCCCCAUCAUGAUGCAUUCCCCCCACCUCCCCCAGUAUCCCCCUAUAACGCACCAGUCUCCAACACACAACCUGCAGCCCAAGAAAGUGAGUAGCGUCUCUAUUUCUGUCAGUCUGCAUCUGUUUUGCAAACGUGGAUUCAAAUAAUAUUCGUUUUCUCUCAAAACUAUAUGGAUUGUUUGAGCUUGCCUGGAACAAUGGAGUUAAUUGACUAGCCUUAACAAAAAGUGCGCCCCAGGCAGGCUCAAUCAAAAGCUAAAGGUAUUUAAACGAAAACAAAUACAAUUUGAAUCCCUGGUUGUGCCGUGUGAAGUUCGAUAGAGCCUCUGUGUGUGUGUGAGGAAUGUACGUGUUAACCUUUUAAGCCACAACCCUGAGUCUGUUUUUCAAUGGGUGUAUAUUAUUCAUCGAAACGACCGUUGAACAGCAGAACAUCUUCCAGAAUGUGCCUUUAACCCUGUCCGGCUGUGUGCUGUGUGUUGAAGGAGCAGCGUGCACCCCCGGCCCUGGUAGGUUUGAAAGAAGAGAAGCUGCCUCGCUCUCCAGUGAUGGGAAGAGGAGGCGAGCCCUUCAGCUCAGCCAUGAGACAAGACCCUCACAAACACCCAGACAGCCACAGCAAGCCCUCUCUACCCGGCCACGUACAGCAGAGUGAGUACACUGGUAUUUGUGUGUUUUUAACUAUUCUUGUGGGUACCAGAAGUCCUCACAAGGAUAGUAAAACAAGAGAAAUUCAGAGAAGUUGUGAUUUUUUGCCGGUCCCCACAAGUCUUUUUUUAAUGUUAGGGUUAUGGUUAGGUUAAGGGUUAGGGUUAGAUUUAGGGUUAGGGAAAAUAGGAUUUUGGAUGGGAAUCAAUUCAUUCGUCCUCACAAGGAUAGCAAUACAAAACUGUGUGUGUUAGGGCUGGGCAGUAUACUGUAUAGUCAAUGCAGCAGAUGCAACAAGAUGUCAAUGACAAUGAAGCUGCUUUCUACUUUGCAUCUUUAUAUAAAUCCACAAGGGUUCUAUAAUUACACUGUUAGUUUGUCUUUUACUGUCUGCAAACAGCUAGUUUGUCUUUUCUUAGCAAGUUGUGGCUAAAAUAGUGUUAGCCGCUAAUGCUAAUCGCUAGUCAGCUGGCUAGCUAAUAAAUGUAUUGCGUCAGAACAGAUGUAGCUAGCUAAUACAACCUGAUUUCAGUGUUAGUGUAGGCCUAUAUCAGUGUGUUUGUGCAUCAGUGUCUUCUAAAUCAGAAAGGAAUAGGCGAAGCAUGAAUAUGUUAGCUACAUGAAGUAAGAGAAAACGUAAAAUGUAGCCAAAGGUUAUAGGGUCCCCUGGGAAACACUGACCAACACUUUGGUUUCUACUCUGUCACAAUAACUCCUUGGCAUUUUCAUUCGUUGUCAUGUCAAACACUGUAUUCAAAGUGCCCACUAUUAUAUUCUAACUAUAGAAUUAGAAUAAUCAUUUAUAUUUCCAUGAUUCCAACAGUUCAAAGUGUUUUGCUCUAAAUCGCAAGUCAAUAUUUGGUUAAAAACAAGGCCUAGAUUUAUUGCCCAUAUCGUGCAGCCCUGCGUGGCAGUUUGGAAAUGAUCUCAAAUGAGGAAAUGCAGAAAUUGAUGAAUAUGCCCCCCCCCCAAAAAAAAUUUUGUUGAAGUUUGAUUGAACAGUAUAAAACAAUCAGAAUGGAGAAAGACCCAUUAAAAACACUAAGAAUAUGUGUUGCCACCCGAGGGUCAUGCACUACUCAUAAAGCAAAUGUAGAACUUUUAUUAUUCAAAAACAUAAAAUACUGUCAAUUAAUUUUUUAUACUGUGAUAUGAUCUUUUGGCCCCAGCUCUAGUGUGUUUUAUUUCUGGGUGUACUAUUUAUGGGGGUGUACUAUGCGUGUGUGUGUGUGUGUGUGUGUACUGUGUGUGGAAGAACAAUAUUGGGGAAUAGUGCUCAGAUGCAGACAAACACGUUCCAUAAGAAUAAACGUGAUUGUGUGUGGUGUUAUGUGUACAACAAAUGAGCAAAUGCGUGCUAUCUUUUUGACAUGCUCUGUAUUCCUUGUAUGCGUUUCCGUGCAUCAGAUGUGAAGACGAUGGACAGCUCUCGGCCGGUCAUCCGUUCCUCAGAGCCCAGCGGUCCUCCCUCCUCCUCCCUGCCAGACAAGGACAAGUUCAAACAGGAGCCCAAAACGCCCGUCGCCCCCAAAAAGGUACAGGUGGUUGAAAGACAGGGCAGCACGUUGCCAUACACACACACCUUAUUAUAAACAUAUGGGACGGCAGGUAGACUAGCAGUUAAGAGUGUUGGACCAGUAACCGAAAGGUCAAAUCCCAGAGCCGACUAGGUGAAAAAUCUGUCGACAUGCCCUUGAGCAAGGCACUUAACCCUAAUUGCUCAUGUAAGUCGCUCAACAGUUUCCCGUGUGUAUCAAAGAAUGGUCCACCACCCAAAGGACAUCCAGCCAACUUGACACAACUGUGGAAAGCAUUGGAGUGAACAUGGGCCAGCAUCCCCGUGGAAUGCUUUCGACACCUUGUAGAGUCCAUGCCCCGGCGAAUUGAGGCUGUUCUGAGGGCGGGGGGGGGUUGCAACUCAAUAUUAGGAAGGUGUGUUCCUAAUGUUUGGUAUACUCGUAUAUUAUCUCUAAUUAUGAGAAUACCAUCAGACCCAAACUAUUGAAAUGAGUGGCUAUGUGAUGAGUCAACCCGUUGUUCAGUCAUGAUCAAAUACUAACGUAUCUGCUCUUCCUCAUGUCUGUCUGUCUGUCUCCAUCCGUUUAUCUUUCCAUCUAUCCGUCGGUCAGGAUGUGAAACUGAAGAACAUGGGCUCGUGGGCCAGCCUGGCCCAGAAGUCCACGUCGGCGCCCUUGUCUGCAGUGAAGUCGUCUAGCGACAGCUUCGAGCAGUUCCGCCGGGCCGCCCGGGAGAAAGAGGAGAGGGAGAAGGCUCUUAAGGCCCAGGCUGAGCAGGCUGAGAGGGACAAACUGCGCCGGGAGCAGGAGAAACUACGGUGAGGGUUACAGUUGGGUUGUCUUCAAAAACACAUUUUCAACCCUGCAUUAAAUGUUUCUUUGUGUAUUUCAACAUCGAUGUUUGACAAUAAAUGUUCUGUGUGUGUGAGUGAAGAAAAUGUGUCAAAUUAAGUUUCACUUUGCUGUUAUAUGAGUCUUGCGGGUCUGGGAUUGUCGAGGGAAAGAACAUACCACGUUAGCUACCAAGCCUUUGCGAAACACAUUCCUUUUCUGUCUCUCUCCCUCUCUCUGUCUGAAUGAACAUCAUUUGUCAAAUUGAAGCACUUUGCUGUUCUAUGAGUAAGUCUUGGUCGUCAAGAGAACGUUGUCUACAAUGCCUUUGGGAAACUCACUCCUCUCUCUCUCAGGGGUCGUGACAGGGAUGAUGAGGAUAUCCUUGAGCCUCAGCAGCAGCAGUCGAGGAGGGUUCAUGAGGAGCCUCGAAGCAGACGGCUGGAGCAGCAGCAGCAACACAUCCAGACCCCCCAGGCCCAGCAGCAACCCCAGGCACCAGCCCCCCAGGCCCAGCCCGCUGCCCUCCCCCAGCCCCCACAGGCCCCCACACCGCCCCAGCCCUCAGCCCAGGACCAGCAGAGGGAGC